GAAAGAAAUGUCACUGGACAUGAUGGCAUCGGAACGUGUUUGUUAUGUUCACUGCAACUUCUGCAACACCAUUUUAGCGGUAAGUGUUCCAUGCAAUAGCAUGUUUACACUGGUGACUGUGAGAUGUGGGCAUUGUUCAAAUCUGCUGUCUGUAAACAUGGGAGCUUCUCUUCAAGUUGUUCCUCCCCAAGAUUCUUCGCAACAGGGUCAUAAACAGCAGCAAGUUAGCAGUACUGGGGAUUCGAGCAAAGAGAGAGGGUCUUCGUCUUCAAAAUGCUCAAAAAUUGACUCUGCUGAGCGUGACCAACACAGAAUCCCUCCUAUUCGCCCACCGGAGAAAAGACAGCGUGUUCCUUCUGCGUAUAACAGGUUCAUCAAAGAGGAAAUCCAAAGGAUUAAGGCUAAAAAUCCUGACAUUAGCCAUAGAGAAGCCUUUAGCACAGCAGCUAAAAAUUGGGCACAUUUUCCUCACAUCCACUUUGGACUGAAGCUGGAUGGAAAUAAGCAAUCAAAUUAAGCUUGAAUUUUAGCAGGAGACAUUAUGGUGGGGGAUCAGAUCAUAAGUCCAUCCAAAUCUCCAAUGGGGUUCUGCCACCUGUUAAUUCUAGAGAUAAUUAUGACGAUGUGUCAGUAGAUAAAAAAAAUAUUAAAUAAAACACCUUGUUUUUUUUUUCCUAAAACUGUGUAUCAAUUUAGAUCUAUAAUUCCAAAAGAAAUGAGGUUGAUGAAGCCCUCCUGCCCUGAACUCCAUUCUCUGUAGGAAAGGAAAUUACUUUGAUAACCUCACCCCCCAUGUCCUUUUUAAUAGGUGUGAUGUAAUUUUAUUUUGUCCCAUCUCUCCUUGUUAACAAGUUGAGAUUGUUAAUGAGAUUACCAUAUCUAUAAUCUAUUUA